UCGCACAUGGAGAGGAAGGCGUAAUAAAAUUUCAGAUAUCGUAAACAAUUCUCACAGGACCUGAGUAGCAGAUUUUGUGCAAAAUUCGAACACAUCUGACGCAUUUUACUCGCCACAAUGUAGAGUGUAGCGGUCUCACCCUUAACAUUUGGUAAGUUAUGUGGGUCAGAGCACGAGCAUUGUGUCUCCGAACAAUGGAGGGUUCCGUCCAAGGAAAGAUGUAUGCGGACUGAGAGCUGUGGACGCCAAAGGAGCUUUUGUAGUUCCCAUCGUUCCAAAGCGAGUCCCCUUAUAAAUAAUCUGGAGCCACAUUCCAGCCAACCAGGAGUUGUACGUUUUCCCCGGCGGACUGUCAAAGCUGCCGUCAGUAAGGAAGCCUGAGGCCUCGCGGCAUAAUAUAUCGCCUGGUAAUUGAUGGUGACGUCAGUGCGAGAGAGGGAGUGUGGCCAAGGGUAGACUGAAGCCGGAAACCAGCAGUACCGAAAGGUGCGGACACUUGUAUUCCACUACCUUGCUGAGGUAGGGUGAGGUUUGGGACAGUGUGUGAUCCUAACUAGGGCGUAUUAACGCUUGUACCUGCUCACAGGGGUCGGUUUGUGUCUCGGUCUGGAGCCGCUCCGUACCGCUGACCUGGUACGUAUCGCCAUGGGAACUCUCCGGGACCUGCAGCGAGCUCUUCAGGAGAAAAUAGAAGAGCUUCGCGAGAGAGACGAACUGAUCGACGAGCUGGAACUCGAGCUGGAAGAGAAGGAUCAGCUCAUACAGCGCCUGCAGAGCGAGCUGGACAAGUACAGAUCCGUCCUGAGACCGGCUACACAGAAGGUGGGCAGGGCCAAACGACAAGCCAUCUCUGCAGAACCAACCUCGUUCUCUGAGAUAUCCAGUACAAAAACCGAGAGCUAUGUCAAAACAGCCACGUAAGUA